AUGGACCCAUCACAGAAGUUUAAUCCAACCUAUAUCCCAGAGUCUCCACAAAUGCUCACCGAAGAAAAUUCCCGGGACGAUUCAGGGGCCUCUCAAAUCUGCUCCGAGACGUUGAUAAAGAACCUUAGUAACUUGACUAUCAACACUAGUAGCGAAUCUGUUUCCCCUCUAUCGGAAGCUUUACUCCGUCGAGAGUCUGUAGGAGCAGCAGUUCUCAGGGAAAUCGAAGAUGAGUGGCUUUACAGCAGGAGAGGAGUAAGAACAUUGCUGUCUGUGCAGAGAGAAAAGAUGGCAAGAUUGAGAUACAUGUUACUCGGCAGAGUUCGUAUGCAUGAAAGAAGACCAACAAACAAGGAGCCUAAGGGAGUUAAGAAGGAAUCAAGACCAUUCAAAUGUCCCUGCAGUUUCUGCGUGUCUAACGGAUGGGAUCCUUCUGAGAAUGCUAGAAUAGAGAAUCAAGACACCAAGCCACCUCAGCCAUAA